AUGACGUCGGCAGUUUACAAGAAAAACCAGAAGCUAAAGUCUAUCCUCCCGUCAAUCAUCCUCCCUAACCAAACGGCCUUUGUCAAGGAUAGGUUGAUUCUUGAGAACAUUUUGUUGGCCUCGGAGGUUCUAAAUGGCUACCAUAAAGACUCAGAGGUCCCAAAAAUAACAUUGAAGGUCGAUAUAGCGAAAGCUUUCGAUUCAGUUCGAUGGGAUUUUGUGCUAAGUACUCUUCAAGCCUAUGACUUACCUCCCAUCUUCAUCGGAUGGGUUAAAGCCUGCAUCUGCUCUCCGUUCUUCUCCCUUAGUAUUAACGGAGUCACCUCGGGAUAUUUUAAGGGGAAGACUGGUCUUAGGCAAGGCGAUCCGUUGUCUCCAAUCCUCUUUGUCAUGAUGAUGAAUAUUCUUUCGCUAAUGUUGAACAGAGCUGCAUUGUCAGGCUCUUUUGGAUACCAUCAGGACUGUGCUGAUCAACAACUUACUCACUUGUGCUUUGCUGACGAUUUACUCAUAUUCGUCGAGGGCACUGAAUCGUCGCUGGAAGGAGUUUUUACCGUUUUAUCAGAUUUUGAAAUGAUGUAUGGCCUUGCAGUUAAUGUAAGUAAAACGAAUAUGUUCUCUUCAGGGAUUGCGGAAGUUGAGAUUCAGCGAAUUGCUAGUCGUUUCGGGCUGGCUCGUUCUAGCUUACCAGUUCGCUAUCUUGGAACUCCUCUCUGUACGAAGAAGUUAUCUUUCUCAGACUGUGAUCCGCUCUUGUUGCAGAUCAAAAAGAAAUUGAGUUCCUGGACUACACGAUCCCUUUCAAUGGCGGGUAGGCUAACCAUGCUAACCUCUGUCAUCUCGGGCAUUAUUGGCUAUUGGUGCAAAAGUUGCUUGGAAGGCUCUUUGCACUACGAAAAAAGAGGGUGGCUUAGGAGAUUACUCAAGCUUCGCCCAAAAGCCUUGGACUUCAUCAGAAUUUCUAUUGGCAGAGGAGAGGACACUUAUUUCUGGUGGGAUCCAUGGACUCCCUUGGGCCCUCUUUACAGCUAUCUUGGUCAAGAUGGACCAACCCUCUUGGGGAUCCCACUAUUUGCGCUGGUCUCAGAUGUUUGGAAUGGGAGUUCUUGGUCUUUCUCUGCAGCAAGGUCUAAUCGUCAGCUUCAGUUAUUGUCUUUUCUUACCACAAUUUCCCCAGCUAAUGGACAAGAUGUUCCUAAAUGGACCGUCAGCGGGAAUACUCAUAAAUCUUUCAUAUCUCGUUUGGUUUGGGAGGCUAUUCGGCCGCAUCUUCCUGUAAAAGCUUGGGCUCCCCUCCUCUGGCACAAAGGACUCAUCCCACGCCAUGCAACAACUACUUGGCUCUUCAUUCUUGAUAGGAAUCCUACAUUAGACCGUCUCCUUUCUUGGGGUCUAGAUGUUGAUACUAUAUGCCUCCUAUGCGGUAAUGCUGAUGAAUCAAGGAAUCAUUUAUUCUUUGAGUGUCAAUAUUCGGUGGAAGUUUGGUUAUCUAUCUGUGCUCGUCUCAAUUUUACCUCUCCUCCAACCUCAUGGAAUGCGACUAUGACGUGGUUACCGAAUGCUUCUUCAGAUCGUUCUAUCAAAAUUGCUCUACUACAAGCUUGGCAAGCAACUGUUUACAGCUUAUGGCAAGAGCGUAACAUCAGAUUCCAUUCAGGUCAAACGAUUCCAUCCUCUGUCUUGGGUAGGAACAUCCAUCGCAUGGUCUCAGACAAGUGCAUGGCAAUGGUCGCUCUUGGUCAAACAUUAGGAACUCCCCUCCUGCGCAUUUGGAAGCCUCAAUGA